UUGGGCAGAUUUCGGAAGCUUUCUGACUCUCAAUGCAAUAUCUGUAAAUGGGGGUAGUAAUAGGACCUGCCUGAGAAGGCGGCUCAGGGGGUUCAGUGCACCCUGGGGUCACGCACUUGGCUUGUGGACCGGGCCUUGCUGUUGUGGCCUGCCCAUCUCGGGUGGCUCUGCCCUGCUUGGGCCUUGCUGCCCAUCCCUUGGGCAGUGACAUCAUUCCCGUGAAGGAGAGGGCCCGUGUGGGGCCCUCUGAGGUCUCUGAGCUGGGGGCGGGGCCAGCUCUUCUGCACCCUAGGCUGUCUGCACUUUUCCCCAGGGGCCGGGGCCGUCGAUGGUUGGGGCAGCGGCUGGGUGUUUCAGAGGAGGUGAUGCCACGUGCCUGUUUCUCAGGGCUCCAAGUCAGGCCCGAAUGGGGCUCCCCCUUCCCACCCCCAACUACCACAGGCGAAAAUCCUUCUGAGGGCUGGAGGCCUCUGGGCCUGGGCUCUGCACUGGGGACUGCCUGUCUCUUAAAGGUACCCCCUGUGUCUGCAGAGCAACCUGAGAGAGGGCUCAUGCUCCACCCCCUGAUGGACCCACUGAGGCUCUGGGGCUCAUGUCGAGGGCAGCCGAGGUGUCUGUCCUGAGCAGCAGCAGGACGGAGUUGCAGGACAUGAGACGGGAAGCGGGAGAUGGGGCAGGGGAUGCUUGUCAGGUGAAUGCAGCAGGGCCUGGGACCAGGUCUUCUGGGCUUCUCAGCUUCACUUCCUCUGCCCCUCGUGGCCACUAGCAUGGGUGAUGGUCCGGGGUCCGCCAGGAAGUGGCCAGUGCCAUGUCUCUGUGUCCUGGGGGUGUGGCUGGAGUGUGAGGGGCCGGUGGUGGCAUUUGGAAUGGCCGUCCCAGGGAGGGGAGGCUGCCCUGGCCGCACACCACCCCAGGCUGCUGAGGUUGGACACCCCACAGGCCCCAGCCGUGUCUGGGGGAUCCCCGGUGAGGGCCAGAGGAGGCACAUGGCUGGGCUUCCCUGGGCAGGGCUUUGCCGAGCAAGAGAGAAGGAAAAGAGAGGCAGGGGCAGGUGGUGCUGCUGGGGACACAGGAGGACCCAAGACACAGAGCUGGGCCCGAAUCACCCUUCAUCUGGAGCAGCUCUGAGGGUGUCAGCUCAGAGUGUGCUGGGGCCGCCGAGAUGAUCCCCAGAUCUCAGGAGCAUCUGGGGGCUGGCUGGGGCUUCUGCCGCCAUUCCUCCUUGAGGAAACUGAGGCUCUGAGAGCUUCAGAGCCAAGCUCAGUAGCCCCAGUGGCCUGUGGCAGAGCACAGACUGCUGAGGUUGGGGCCUGCUCAGCCACCCACCCUCUCCUGCCCACACCAUUCAGCAGGGUAAAUAGUCCACAUGACCCUCUCAGCCCCCUGGGGCUGGUGCAGGGAUUGGGGGAUCCUAACACCGCCAAAGGGAGGCUUAGGGAGCCCCAGGCCUGGCUUCAGGAGGGCAGAUGGCACCAGCGCCCCCAGCUGUCUCCUCGGCCCCGGCACCUCCCUCCAAACCUUGCUGCUGCUGACAACCCUCCCCGUAGCUGCAGGCUUUUCUUGGAGACUGGGUCUUGCCUCUUGAGUGUGAGUGUGUGUGUGCACACCUAUGCAGAGGUGAACGUGGAGUGGGACCAGCCAGGGACCAAGAGCAUCCCAGAGAGACCCAGGGCGUGGAGGGGGCCCAGGUCCUGCAGUCCAGGAUUACUGAUAAGUGUCCGCCGCUCUGUGAUCCCUGGAAUUCCAGAAACAGGCCUCCUGCUGAUCCAAUUAAUAAGUUUGCCCACGUCUGUGUGCAGUGGGGAGCAGGCUGAUGGGGUGGUCAAAUUAGCAAAGCCAGCGUGGGCUCCUUGGUGGCCAGUAAUGAAGCCAGUAAUCGAAGUGCUGAAUCGCGACCUCUUCUCUCCUGGGCACCAGGGCGGGUGGCAGGCGCUGAAAGGUUAAUUUCAGAGUCCCAUGAGGAGCUCGCUUCCGGCUAUGGGGCCGGCCCACGGCCAUCUGUCUGCCCGUCCUGCCCCUGCACACUGACUGUGUGUGGAAGGGUGAGGCAGGGGUUCCAGGGCCAAGGUGCGCACAGCCCCACCCUCUGGCCAACCCCAUCUUCUCCAGAGGGAGAGAGGAGGGAGUAGUGAUCAGUGGUGACAGGCUGGUGCUGGGAAAGAGGAGCCCAGGCAGGGGUGCCAAGGAGCCUCCUGGGCCCACCGUGCAGCUCCCCGUGGCUCUCGGAGACAGCCCCCUGAGGCUCCCUGCUCUAGCACUGCUCUCCCACCAGAGCGACGGCCCCAAGCCCAAGCCAACUUCCCGAGCUCCUUGGUGUGAGCAUCUCUGCGGCCCCCAGGAAGAGGAUCAGAUACUUCAGCACAGGCUCAUGGCCUUCUGCCAGCUGACCCCAGGCCCACUUCUUGUCUGCACCCCCCACCAACCCCCAGGCCCCAGGCUCCGGCCACACCAAUCUCCAGGACGCGCCCUGGCCCCACCGGCAUGCUCCCAGCUGUGUGUCCUGCACACAAUGGCCCACCUCCCCCCGGAUGGUUCUGACGUUGGUUUCAAGGAGGUCUCGGGCUGAGAGCAGAUGAGAGCAGAUGAGACUGCCGCAGGGCUGUGCGGCAGUCACGUGAAAGGAGUGAGCCUGGUGUGGUGGGUGGUCCUAGAAGGCAAGGCUCCUGGUAUACCCUGGAAGGAUGGGGAGAGAAAGAGAGGAGUCAAGGAUGCAUCGAGGCACAGGAGAGGACUUGUCUUGCUGCAGGGUGUGGGGGGAGGCUGUGGAUUUGUAGAGGCGAUGGGAGCUCAGCUGCGCCCUGCAGAUCUGUGCUGCCCAUGAGACGAAGGUGAGGCAGUGGAGUUGGGGAGCGGCCAAUGUCAGGGCCUCAGCAGAGAGAUGGUAUUUGCUGGCUGGGGUUGCCACUGGUGAGUGCACACAGGGAAGAAGAUGCUGGAGGCCAGAUCCCUGGGACGUGCUGGUGCCAGGAGGCCAGGAGGCCAGGAGAUGAGGAGCACCCCACAGAGGAGCCUGAGAAGGGGCAGCCAGAGAGCCCAGUGAGAGUGGGAGGUGCGGGAGCAGGGAGAGGCGGCAUGUCCCUGGCUGCUGAGGGCUCAGGUCAGGUGAAGGCUGAGACAGGACCAGUUCAGUGACAUGGAGGGGACAAGAUCCUGGUGGGCAUUGGUCCCGUCUCGGCAGGCUAGGAGUAAGGAGGCAGAGGCAGCAAGGUUGGACACUUCCAUUGAUCAGGGAACAGGGACUGUACCUGGAGGGUGAAGAGAGGGUUGUUCUCAAUAUGGGAAGAGCAACCACGAGUUUGCCUGCCAGAGAAUGACCGGGAAGCGUGGGAGAAACGGAUGGUUCAGGAGCGAGGGAGACUAGCUGGACCCCCACCUGCAUCUGGGGGAGGCCGGUGGCCACGGUCCAGCCCAGCUGAGGGCUGCCUGGCUGGUCUGUAAAUAACGGUGGGUGGCACUGGGUGUCAGGGCAGAUACUGGUAGGUGGGGCACGUGGAGGUGACAUCUAGGGAAGUUCUCUUUGGAUGGUUUCACUUCUCAGCAGAAAGGGAAGAAAAGGAAGCGAGAUCAUCAGCCUCAGUGGGGAUGGGGAGGAGGUGUUGGGAGUUGGUAGGCAGGAGGGGAAGGCGUGAAGUCACUUUCCAGGAAAGUCGGGGGGAAUGGCACAGGCACGCCUAGGAUCCCUGAGUCGGUCUGUGGAUGAAUGGAGAGCGAGGCCAUCCGCCCGCCACUGUCUCCUGCCAUCCAUGUGGGUGCAGGAGCCCAGUGGAUGGAGAGAUUGUACCCUUAGUACAAUGAGGAGAGUGAUGGGGAGGAGGCCAUAAUGCUGUCAUUGGCUGCCAAGUGAGGGCAAGGCCGGUGAGGGGCUAUGAGAACCCCUGGUGGCAGUGAUGGAGUGAGGGGCAUCCUCAGGCCUGAGCUGGAAAGAGAGUGGGUGUCAGAAGUGGGACCGCACGGGGUCCCCAUGGGUGGAGCACAGUGGGCAUCACAGAGGGUCUGGGAGCUGGGCCUGACUCCCUUCCCACCUCUAGCAGGGCAGCCCCCACCAUGGUGGUCAUCUCUCAGCAAGCAUGUAUUGUGUGUUUCUGCCCACUAGGCUCAGAGCUAUGGUCUCACAUUCCCUGCCCUGAUCCCUCCUUCCAGUCCUGGGCUCCGGAGGCCAAUGCACUCCCUGACCAUCUCUUCUCUGUAGGUUCUGUGGCUGGAAGAGUCCGGCAGAGCCCACGCUGGGACUGGGGGCCUGGGUUUGGCCCGCCCUGACUCAGGUGUGGCUGGAAGAGGCCUGCAGAGCCCACACUGGGACUGGGGGCCUGGCUUUGGCCUGCCCUGACUCGGGUGUGGUGCUUUCAGCCAUGCAGCUACCCAGGGCCUGGGCUCUUCCUCUAAAAUCCAGGUUGGAUGGAGAUCAGUGGGGACAGCAGUGGACUGUGACCUGCAGAGAGGAGGCAUGGAGGGAUGCCCAGGGACAUAGCCUGCUGCCCCGGGCAGCUCUGCCCCACCCACCCUCCUUGGACACCCAGCUGUCCCCUCACUAGGGGACAGAGUCCCCAGGCCUUCACCCUGCAGGCCUUUCCUGAAAUCACAGCUGGGAGCUCAGAGCUAGCUGCACUCUCCCCAGGCACCUCCAGUCCUGCAGCAGGCACUGGGUCCCUGACCGGGAGGAGACAGCCCCUGUGCCCUGAUGAGGAGGAGACAGCCCUCAUGCCCUUGCACUGUAGUGCUGGGGUGAGGAUGGAGAAGAGGGCUCCUGACCCAGGGGGGAGGUCAGGGAGCCCUUCCUGGAGGAAGUAAACAGUGAACCAAAGUUCAGGGAGGGCAUGCUCUGAGCAGGGGGUCAGCCUGUGCCAAGGUCCGGGGUGACUGCAGCCGCCCCAUCUCCCUGCCUGGAUUGGCCUGCUUUGCCCUGGCCCUGGGCACGCGCUGGGUCUGCCCACCCUCCGAGGGCUCCCCAGGACAUGGUGUACCAGCUCCCAGCACGUGGUUCUGCAGAGAGAGGGGGGCAGCGGGGCAGGGCUGCGGCUGCCUGUUAAGAUGAGGUGAGAUGAAACAUUUCCUGCUGCAUCCUGACUCCAGUCUCCAGGCAGGAGGGAGCAGUGGCGCCGCCAGCCAGGUCAUCCCGGAGUCGAGGAGCCAAAGGGAGAGGUGUGGCCAGUGAAGGAGGGGGCAGGGGAGGGCAGGGGAGCAAGACGGGAGGCCUUGAGCCCAAGUCCACACCGUCAGGGUGGCCCCAAUUGAGCUGGUGAUGACCGAAGCUCACUCCUCUCCAGGCCACCCCUCCUGGCUGAGGGACCUAGCUCAGCACCGUGACAGUCCCCCCCGCUCACUACAUACACAUAGGCCUACACACCGCGUACACACACACGCACAUGCAUGCGUGUGUCUUUCCCCCGGGGGCAGUUGCACAACAGCCAGCGGCCAUGGUGAUGACAUUCAAAGUCCUCUCUGUGCAGGUGGGGUCCCAGUAUCACUGCGGAGGUCAGCCACGGGAUUGCCCAGGCCUGGGCGGGCACGGCUAAGCCCAGAACAGUGCUAGCAGUGACGGACUGUCCUAUUGGACUCCGGGGCCACCGUGGUUGACCCUCUAGCCACACAGGGAGGCAGACGGCAGCUCGUCAUAAUUGUCUGGCUGUGCGGGAGACACGCACCAGGAUGACUAAAGCGCUACUAUUCACAUUAAAAUCUGGCAUCUCAGUGUGAGGCUGGCCUGGAAUGGAACCCCAGCCGGGCUGUGUGACCUCGGACAGGCCCUGUUCCUUGAGCGCUGUGAACCUCAGUUUCCUCAUCUGGAAAAUGGGGUGGGGUACACACCUCCCUUUCGGGGGUCUGAGGACUAAAUGAAUGGGUGCACACGGUGGGCAGGGGCUGGGGUGCCCCCCACCUUCUGUUGGGAGUGGUCUGCUGUUGGCUUCCAGGCCACACAAAGGACAGAGUCAGCGCAGCAGGAGCAAGUUGGAGGGGACAGAGAGGCUCUGGAGGAAUGAGGGUGGCCAUGGGGACAGGGAACACAGGCCACCGGCACAGGAGAGGCUCUGCCAGGCGAGGCGAUUCUGCCCACCCAGCCCGGGUUCCCACAGGGCUUGUUGCUGCUCCUUUGAUGGAAGGCUUGGGGCACGAGGCCUUCUGCAGGGAGACCCCAGAUGGCCCUGGCGGGGGGCAGAAGCAGCUCUGCGAGGACUCGGCCCCGGGCCUGUCCAAGGCAUCCCAAGGGUCUGAUGUGGGCUUCCUCCAGGGGCCAACUGGAGGUUCUGCUGGGAAAGACCAGGCGAGGUCGGAGCAGCUUUGGGGACAAAGACCUUCUCCCAGGGCUGAUAUCAACUCACUGGAGGCUGAGAGGCGCGCUGCAGGAGCAGAAGGGCGAGCUGCGCAAGCGGCUGUCCUACACCACACACAAGCUCGAGAAGCUCGAGACCGAGUUCGACUCCACGCGCCACUACCUGGAGAUCGAGCUGCGGCGCGCGCAGGAGGAGCUGGAGAAGGUCACGGAGAAGCUGCGCAGGAUUCAGAGCAACUACAUGGCACUGCAGAGGAUCAACCAGGAGCUGGAGGACAAGCUGUACCGCAUGGGCCAGCACUAUGAGGAGGAGAAGCGUGCGCUGAGCCACGAGAUUGUUGCCCUCAACAGCCACCUGCUAGAAGCCAAGGUGACCAUCGACAAGCUGUCGGAGGACAACCUGCCCUCGGACUUCCAGGAGCGCGUGAGCCUGCACAUGGAGAAGCACGGCUGCAGCCUGCCAUCCCCGCUCUGCCACCCGGCUUACGCCGACAGCGUCCCCACCUGCGUCAUUGCCAAGGUGCUGGAGAAGCCAGACCCCGCCAGCCUGUCCUCCCGCCUGUCCGAUGCCUCGGCCCGCGACCUGGCCUUCUGCGACGGGGUGGAGAAACCAGGCCCGCGGCCCCCCUACAAGGGAGACAUCUACUGCAGUGACACAGCCCUCUACUGCCCAGAGGAGCGGCGACGAGACCGGCGGCCUAGCGUGGACGCGCCCGUGACCGACGUGGGCUUCCUGCGGGCCCAGAACUCCACUGACAGCGCGGCGGAGGAGGAGGAGGAGGCCGAGGCGGCGGCCUUCCCGGCGGGCUUCCAGCACGAGGCCUUCCCCAGCUACGCGGGCUCACUGCCCACGUCCAGCUCCUACUCCAGCUUCAGCGCCACGUCGGAGGAGAAGGAGCACGCCCAGGCCAGCACGCUGACCGCGUCGCAGCAGGCCAUCUACCUGAACAGCCGCGACGAGCUCUUCGACCGCAAGCCACCUGCCGCCACCUACGAGGGCAGCCCUCGCUUUGCCAAGGCCACUGCCGCGGUGGCGGCCCCGCUGGAGGCCGAAGUGGCCCCAGGCUUCGGGCGGACCAUGUCACCGUACCCGGCCGAGACCUUCCGCUUCCCGGCCUCUCCGGGUCCCCAGCAGGCCCUGAUGCCCCCAAACCUGUGGAGCCUGCGGGCCAAGCCGGGGACCGCCCGGCUCCCCGGGGAGGACAUGAGGGGCCAGUGGCGUCCCCUGAGCGUGGAGGACAUCGGCGCCUACUCCUACCCCGUGAGCGCUGCCGGCCGCGCCUCCCCCUGCAGCUUCUCUGAACGCUACUACGGCGGGGCCGGGGGCAGCCCGGGCAAGAAGGCCGACGGCCGCGCCAGCCCGCUCUACGCCAGCUACAAGGCCGACAGCUUCUCCGAGGGGGACGACCUCUCCCAGGGCCACCUGGCAGAGCCCUGCUUCCUGCGGCCGGGCGGCGACCUGAGCCUCAGCCCCGGCCGCUCGGCUGACCCACUGCCCGGUUACGCACCCAGCGAGGGGGGGGACGGGGACAGGCUCGGGGUGCAGCUGUGUGGGGCCGCCAGCAGCCCUGAGCCCGAGCAGGGUUCCAGGGACUCCUUGGAGCCAAGCUCCAUGGAGGCCUCCCCGGAAAUGCAUCCUGCCGCCCGCCUCAGCCCCCAGCAGGCCUUUCCGCGGACUGGUGGCUCGGGGCUGAGCCGCAAGGACAGCCUCACCAAGGCCCAGCUCUACGGAACCUUGCUCAACUGAGCGCCUGCGUGCAGGCCUGGCCGUGGGCCCCUCCCCGCCAGCCCACGUGCCCCAGAGGGGCCGGCCUCACCUCUCCCCAGCCCCCGCUGUUCCCCCGCCCCUGCCAACAAUGAGGAGUCUGUUUCUCCCUGCACCUCCUCUCCUCCCCAACCCUGUAGGCCUGAGAGGAGGAUCCCCCAUACCACGGUGUCCACCCAGCCCCGCCCCGUGGAACUCCACUUAGAACGUUUUUCACACGUCCUUCCCCCAUGUGAGAGGAGCAUCCCCCCUUUUAUAAAGCGAAACUAUUUUUAUAGAGAAAAAGGGUCUUUCUUAACGCACUUGGCCUCCAGCUCCCUGGACGGCUGCCUUGGCGUUUUCAACACAAAGCUCCUUUAUUUUUUGGGUGAGGGUGCGUGGGGCCUGCCCCUUGGAAGGGAAGGGAAGGACGGUGUCCUGUGGAGACCAGACUCUGCAAGUGGGGAGACCACCCCCGCAAGCCAGUGACAAGGAAACCCUGAAGUCGUGUCCACGAAGAGGGAGCUGAAACAAAUUCGGGGCUAUGAAGUGUUUUAAAAAUCCAUUUAUCGCAGUGUGGCCACCACACCACCCUGAGCCCUCCCACGGCCCAUAGUCCCAGGUGGGCCGGGAUGAUGCCCCAGUGCAGCCGGUGCUCAUCUCCGCCCCCGGGUCCACCCCGACACCGUCUUACUCUACCUCAGACAUGAUGAGGCCCUCCAUUCCUGGUUUCUGUAGCUUGCAUUCCUUUUGUCUCUGAUGCAUGCUCUGUCAGUUAGUACUGUAUUUUGCAUUCAUUAAUAAAAGACACCGGUGGAAAGAA